GCCUGUGUGAUUACGACACCUUUAAGACCGUUGGCCCUGUUGGCCUUCAGAUGAAACCUGCGCUAGAUAGCUUGUGGGAAGGACAGGAGGGAGGAAGUUCAAAACUCGACAGGAGCCUUUGGGAGGGCUGUUGGAAGUCAAUCCGUCGGUUUGAGCGCCAAUCCAAAGAGGCGCAAUGUACGGGCUGCUGUGUGAGAGUCUUCACGACUUCAUCAAAGAGUCGUACGGGGACGACGUGUGGAAGCUGGUCAGAGAAAGAGCAGAUGUCAGGUUACACUCUUUUGUCACCCACCAGGUGUAUAGUGAGAGUGUGAUUCCCCGUAUAGCGAAGGCUGCCAGUGGAGUGACAGGCACGCCCUACAACGAGCUGAUGAACUCCUGGGGUGUCUACUUCCUGGGCUUUGUUGGGAAGUACGGCUAUGACAGGAUCCUCAAGGUGCUGGGCCGCCAUGUUCGUGACUUUGUCAAUGGCCUGGACAAUCUCCACGAGUACCUGCGCUUCAGCUACCCAAAGGUGCAGCCUCCGACCUUCUUCUGCCAGGAGGAGUCGGCCACCGGAGUCACCCUCCACUACAGGAGCAAGCGCAAAGGCUACCUGCACUACGCCAUGGGUCAGCUGAGGCAGAUGGGGAAGCAGUUCUACGACACCGACAUCCAUGUGGAGGUGCUGUCUGAGCAGAUGGUCGGAGACUACUCCCAUGUCACCAUGAGGCUGAACUUUGACAACUCAGCCUAUCGUUACAUCAUGAAGGAGGAUGAGGAAGAGCAGGAAAUCUUGCCCAUUACCUCCGACUUCUUCUUUGAGGUCUUCCCCUUUAACAUUGUCUUCAGACAGGACAUGGUGGUGCAUAACGUGGGCUCGGGCCUGGCCACUGUCUUCCCUGAUCUGGAUGGAAAGAAGAUCAAUGAUGCUUUCUUGCUGGCUCGCCCCCUAGUGGAGUUAUCCUGGAGCAUGAUCAUCUCCCACCCCAACAACCUGUUUGAGAUCAUGUCCAAGGAGCCUGUGAAAAGAGAGAGGAACCUUCACAACCGAAUCCAGAAUUCUGACUAUGAAAAUGCCAAUCGCUCUGCUGACGUAGAUGUGGAGCUCAUGGCUUUCCAGUCAAUCAUCGGAGACGAUUUCAAAGACGGUAACAGUGCCAACGCGAUGGAGAGCUGGGGCGAUGGGAGCCGUUGCCUAAAACUGAAGGGACAAAUGAGAUACAUGCCCGAGUGGGAGUCCAUCAUCUUCCUGGGAACUCCUGUAAUGGAGAGUCUGAGUGCCAUGUUCAAGACCGGCCUGUACAUCAAUGACCUGAGCAUGCACGACUCCAGCAGAGACCUGGUGCUGGCGGGCACACAGCAGUCGGAGGAGCUGAAGAGAGCUCUCAUACAGGAGCAAAAGAAAUCCAGUAAGCUAGAGGAGAGCAUGAAGAUGUUGGACUAUGAGAUGAAGAAGACGGAUGACCUCCUGUACAGAAUGAUUCCCAAGCCGGUGGCAAAGAGGCUGCGCAAAGGAGAGCCGGCUGUGAACACUUGUGAGGUGUUUCCAGAUGUGACCAUUCUUUUCAGCGACGUCGUGGGAUUCACACGCAUCUGCAGCCACAUCACUCCGAUGCAGGUGGUCUCCAUGCUGAACACCAUGUACACGCUGUUUGACACGCUCAGCGAGAAGCACCGCGUCUUCAAGGUGGAGACCAUCGGAGAUGCCUACAUGGUGGUAGCCGGGGCUCCGGAGAAGACAAAGUAUCACGCGCACAACAUCUGUGACAUGGCCCUGGACAUGGUGCGCUCCAUAGAUCACCUGAAAGACCCUUCUAACGGAAACCACAUACAGAUUCGUGUCGGGAUCCACUCUGGGAUGGUUGUGGCAGGUGUGGUGGGACAUAAAAUGCCACGUUACGGACUGCACGGGGACACGGUCCAUACUGCAUCAGCCAUGGAGAGCAAUGGAAAGGAAAUGCACAUUCAGCUCAGCAGCGCCACCUACGAGCACCUGAAAGGAAGUCACUUUAUCUUUGAAAGGAGGGGCACCAUCACCAUCAAGGGGAAUGUUGAAAUUGAGACCUACUGGCUGAAAGGAAAGAGGGACAAAGACGGGAAUGCUCAGGCAGCGUGUCCUCAGUUUGAGACCCACACGAUCAGUAAGGUCGACAUUUCAAGCCCCGAGGCCAAAGGUGAUAAGGAGGGAGUGGGUUCCUCAAUGGCGGCGGGGCAGAACGAGAAUGACGUGAAAUCUCUUCACUCUCAUCGCAAGAUGGAGAUUUCAGGCCAUGAUCUGGAGGUGUCGCUGGCUCGGUGCCGGGUGGAGGAGAUGUCUGUUCACAAGCCCCACUAUAAGGAGGCCUUGCAGGACGAUCUCCAACACGCUCAGCUGGAACUGGUCUCCCCCGAGUCUGACGGCGUGGACUCCGUCAUUGCCUCCCCUGACAGCUCCUGCGACUCCCACUGCUCCAAGAGCACCACGUGCUCCGUGUCAUGAGCCAGGCAGACGCUGGCUUUUCAACAUAAAUGCCAGAUAGCAAUGCCGGUUUCGCAGAUAUUUUUGGCAUCCUUGUGGUGAUGCAUUUACAAUCUCUAAUAAAGUGUUGUUUGUACAUGGCCUAGUCUGUAACGCUUAGACUUUCUAGUGGCCUCGCGUGGUGUUAAAUCAGCAUUGCUUACUUAGCUCGGACUCUACAGAAAUACAUCGCAGUGUUAGAGGAUGUUGCAUGUGUACAGACUGUAAAGCCCUCUGAGGCAAAUUUGUAAUUUGCGAUUUUGGGCUGUACAAAAUAAAAUGAAUUGAAUUGAA